UUGAAAUUGAAGAUGAUGGAGGAGACUGUGAUCCACAAUGUCAUCACAAAGCUGCUCAUCACCCAGAGUGAGGUGGCACUCAAGCAUCUGUGCUGCUUACUGUCUACCUUUGGCAGCACCCUGGACUGUGAUGAGCAGUACCUUAUGGAUGGAUACGUCCAUCAGAUGGAGGAGAUCAUCACCACAAAGCAGAUCUCAUCCCAUGUCUCCCGCCUAAUGCAGGACAUAGUGGCCCUGAGAAAGAAUUAUUGGUUCCCACUGCCAGCUGACAGCAACUGGAAUAAGACACAGCAACAAUAAGCUGCAAAACCACCAGA